GUGAGCUAGCUCCACCGCAACGUUCCGCUCUCUCCCCCGCGCAUGUCUGGAUGGCUACUUGAUCAAUGUCUAUCAACACGUUCAUAUUGCAUAGAGAGGCAGAAUGGACGAGGUCCACAGUGUUGCGGCCGACCAGGCGGACAAUAGAGGGUCUGUCGAGCAAGAACAAGCCGCACAGAUGAUCCAGCGCAACUACCGUGGAUACCGAGAACGGAGACAGCUCCAGGGCAUGGGCUUGAAUGCCAGCACUCGCUGGGCAGAGGCUGUACGAGAUGGUUAGCAGUCUACCACAUAUGACCCUCUGCGCCUCUGCUAAACCUCCAAGCGAAAUGGCGCAACACAACGCGGCCGAAACCUCGCUCCGAUCGACCCUCGGAACAAGAAAAUCUUACCACACCAGAAGCGCGC